GAAGGGGGAGAGAGAGAGAGGAAAGGUAGAAUUGGACAUCAUGAUUGAGUACUUGUACUUCGUGGUGUUGAUAGGUUGUUGCAGUUUGGUUGUAUAUUUGUAUACUACUGCAUGGCUGAGAUUCUAUGGUAUCCAGAAGCAGCUCAGGAGGCAAGGGAUUGUAGGGCCUCCCCCAUCAUUUUUCUUGGGAAAUCUCUCGGAGAUGAAGAAGAUGGAGGUGUCCUCCAAGAUGGCUCCAAGAGAUCAUGGAUCCGUGCUGGAAGACUACACCAAGACUCUCUUUCCUUAUUUCGAUCAGUGGAGAAAAGAUUAUGGUCCAACAUAUCUGUAUUGGACGAGAAGUAGACCAGCGUUGUAUGUGAGCGAUCCUGAUCUGGUGAAAGAUAUAAGCAUUUGCGUGUCAUUAGAUUUUGGGAAGCCCAAGCAUCUUCAGAAGGUGCAGGAACCUUUAUUUGGAGGUGGCAUUCUCAAGUCCAAUGGGUUAAUUUGGGCUCAUCAGAGGAAAAUCAUAGCUCCAGAGUUUUUCAUGGACAAGGUCAAGGGCAUGGUGGAUUUGAUGAUAGAGUCUGCUGCCCCACUACUGAACUCAUGGGAAAGUAUGAUUGAUGGUGAAGGUGGCACUGCAGAUAUAGUUGUUGAUGAUGAUUUUCGGAGUUUUUCUGCAGAUGUGAUAUCAAGAGCUAGCUUUGGAACUGAUUAUUCCAGAGGCAAGGAGAUUUUUGUAAAGCUUAGGGCCCUCUCAAAACUCAUGUCAAAACCAAGUCAGCUAUUCGAAAUUCCCUAUUCGAGAUUUUUGCCAACAAAGAACAGCCAGCAGAUUCGAAGACUGGAGCGAGAGAUUCGAUCAUGGAUACUGGAUCUAGUCAAGGAACGCAAAGAAAGAUCCAUGGCUUUCUCGGAGAAAGAUCUGUUACAAUCCAUCCUAGAGAGUGGUGAUAUCACUCAGGACAGCUCCGAUUGCUUCGUAGUGGAUAACUGCAAGAAUAUCUACUUUGCAGGGCAUGAGACCACUGCGGUCACAGCCACCUGGUGCCUGAUGCUACUUGCUUCGCAUCAAGAAUGGCAGGACCGUGCUCGAGCCGAGGUGAUGGAGGUUUGUGGUGGAAGAUUGCCAGAUUUUGACAUGAUCAACAAGAUGAAAACAUUGACAAUGGUGAUUCAAGAGACUCUCCGGGUCUUUCCACCGGUUACUUUUGUUGUGAGGGAGGCAUUUCGAGACAUGAAAUUGGGCAACCUCCACGUUCCCCAAGGGGUCAGCCUUUGGAUCCCUAUUUGGACCAUGCACCUCCACCCAACCGUGUGGGGGCCGGACGCCCACGAGUUCAAGCCCGAGAGGUUCGCACGCGGCAUCACGGGUGCUUGUGAGAACCCACACGUGUACAUGCCCUUCGGCUUGGGUGCUCGCACGUGUGUGGGACAGUAUUUCGCCAUGGUAGAGUUGAAGAUUAUCCUCUCUUUAAUUUUGUCCAAAUUCACCUUCUCUCUUUCUCCAAGAUAUCGCCAUUCCCCAACGUUUAGGUUGAUCAUUGAACCCGAGUUUUGUUUGCCUCUCAUAAUGAAAAGGCUGUGACAAAUUGGCUUCUCGUGUCUCUGAAGUCCAAAUCCUGUAUGUAUUGUUUCUAAUAGCCGAUGGUUUUUUUAAGUCUACUGUAACAUGAAAAAAUUUAAUAGAAACGGUUGCUUAAUUAAAUAGUGAUAGCAUAAGAU